UCAAACUUCCCACCACAGUUUCCACGCGAAGUCGCAAACACUUGCAGAAAUAUAUAUUUACGUUUUAUAACUUAAAUAAUAUUCUUAAUUAAAUGAAUUAUGGCUAAACUACAUAAUUAUCACGUGUUGUGUCCUCUCAUUGACCAGAAAAGUUUUCUUGGCGUUUCUCAAGAUAAAGAAGAGGAAUAUGUUAUCGUUACUUUAGGGCGCAAUGUUGUUAACAAAUACAGGCUUUCAGACCAAAAACAGGUUGGAGGAUGGACGUCCCGUGAUCAUAUAACUUCUGCAGUGAUUUAUGAUAAGGAACAAGAAAGCUAUGUGGGUAUAUUCAACAACAAUACUAUCAAAACAUGGAAAAACAGUGCUGAAAAUCUGGACAAAAUUAAAAAACACAAGUUCUCAACAAACAUGCUGAAACUCAUACCAAGAGGACACAAAGCAUCACUUAUUGUGUUUUCCAACGGCAACUGUGCAUCCUUGCCGUACGCCAUUGACAACAGAAAGACAUAUGAUAGUAAAUCCUUCAUUAAAGAGUCUGAACUCAUCAUAGACACAUCUUGCUACAGUGAUAAUGGCACAGAUUAUGUCUGCUAUGUAAUAAAGAAUAAUAAGGAUUUGUAUGAGAUUGUUAACUGUCCCGUAAGGGAGGAACUGGGUGAUAUGGAAAAGUCUAAGCUGAAUAGAGUGAAAGUUACGAGACCAGAUGAUGUUUACAUUGUUGGAGAACUAAUCUGCACUUCUGAGAAAUACCUUUCAGUAUAUGUUUUGUGGAGUGAUGCUAAAUUGACAGUGUAUGAUCUGGCCAAUAAGUCAUGGAAGACCAUUGGUACAGUGCCAUGGAUUUCCACAUUAUCCAAAGUGUCUAUAGCCUGGAUGGGCAAGCAACAUCUGGUGCUUAUUGGAAGCAACACAGAUCAAGAUGGAGCCAUCAUGGUAGCUUACAAUGUCAGUCUUGGUGUUGGAUCCUGCAAGUAUCCCAUGAAAAUGUAUUCUGAAGGAGCAAAGCUUUACUGUUUCAACAGCAGGAUUAUUCUCGAAGCUCCAAACCAUAUUGGGAUGCUGCCAUAUGUCUUGGAAACAAGGAGAAACCUUUCAAGUCUCCUUGGCUCCCAUGAAAUUAUUCAAGAUGAGUGCACAGAGAUUGCCAAUUGGGAAACAUCAUCUGCUCCACAGUUUAAUGUUGCAAAUGAAAUUAAGGAGCACUUGAAACUUGGCGUCACUGAGAGGACAAUAUGUUCUCAAGUCAUUACACCAUUGCUGGAGAAACAUAAUAUCAACAGGAUUCUAACACUUUUGAAAGAGUUCAAAGACAUACCAGAGUCAAUUCUAGUUCAGCUAUUAAAUUAUACCAUCAAAUUUAUCAAACCCAAUGAAGUUGAUAUAACAAAUCAUGCAGAAAUUGUUAAAUUCUGUUCCCAUAAAGAAUCUUCAGGCAAUGAAAGUUUGAAGCUCCUGAACUACAUACUUGAACUCACUUUCAGUGAUGCACUUUUAAUACCUUACCUCAGAAAUGGGCUAGCAUUAAAUGACACUCUGUUUCUUAUGUCAUACAUCACAUACCUGCUAGUGGAUUCAGAAGUUUCCAUCAGUGCAGAUUAUGAAAGUAAGUUAUUAGACUGGUGUACUCUACUGAUGGAUUCAUUCUACCAACAAUAUUUAAUGACAAAAGAUGAAAAAGUUACCUAUGUGCUACAAAAUACACUAAAUGUUGUUGUGAACCUUAUUAAGCAGCUUGGUGUGAUUGAUACAACAAUGUGCAAACUGAAUAAAUUCCUCUCUGGUAACAGUAAUAUGAAUGAAGACACUUUGUCAUAUUCUAUUGAAAUGAUGCAAAUAUAAUGGUUUU